AUCCGAAGCCUCCACCUAGGACAGAUGUUGGCUCUAAAGGCCUGAAAAUUAACCUGGAGACAAACUAUUUUCCAAUCAGUGUUAAAAAUAAGUUUGCAGAACUGGUUCAUUAUGAUGUCUCUCUAAAAAAACACAACAAAGAUGCAAAUCUUCCACGAAAAACGAAAAUGGAGAUAUUUGAAAAAAUGAAGAUGAUAUAUGAAAAGGAUUUCAAGAAUUACCCACUUGCUUAUGACUCAGAAAGGAAUGCAUACAGUGUGGGUGUCAUCCCUGCUCUUCAAACUCCUGAUUGCCAGAGUACUUAUGAGAUUGACCUUGAGGAAUCAGAUGGCAAGAGGACACAAUACAAAAUUUCACUAAUGGUGAGACAUCGUGCCAACCUCCAGGAACUUACGGAGGCACUUAACUGCUCUGCUCGUGAACAGAAGACACUUCCAUUAAACAUAUUUCAGAUGGUUGAAGUAAUGUUUCGUCAUUAUCGGGCCAUUAAGUAUGAAUUGGUUGGUCGUCGUAACUUCUACUCAGCAGGAGGAGAGUUUGGAACGCCAUAUCCAAUUGGAUGUGGCAAGGAAGGUGUGACUGGUUUUUUUGGGUCGAUGAGGCCUGCAUCUUGGAAGGAUGGAUCUCUCUUACUGAAUAUUGAUGUUGCACACACAGCAUUCUAUAAAGAACAACCUCUUCUGAACUUUAUUCAAGACUUCAUGAAUUUUAGGGAAGAUGAUUUUCAUAGACCAUUAGAGCCAUUUAAACGAUCAAAACUUUUGCAAGAACUAAGAAAUAUUAGGGUGCAAGUUACACACUCCAAUAUCCCUCGCACUUACAAGAUUAUAGAUGUUUCAGAACAUUCUGCUGAGAAACAAACAUUUCCUUUAAAAGAUGAGAAUACUGGGAACACAGUUUACUGCACCAUUGAAAACUACUUCAAGAACCAAUAUGGAAAAAAUAUUAAGUUUCCAAAGUUGAACUGUGUACAAGUGUCUCCUGCUGAAAGGAAUGUGUUUAUUCCAUUUGAGGUAUGAUUGUAAUUGUGGUAUAU